UUGUUAACAAGUGUUAUCACCAUAUUGCAACCUCUCAACCUCCUUCCUCUGCCAUGGAAACCAUGCUCUCUCUUCUCACACAUGCCCUCCUCUUGCAAACAGUCACCUCUCAGACCAUCAAUGGUGAUGAUCUCUCAGCACUCUUGUCAUUCAAAUCCCUCAUAAGGGAUGACCCAAGAGAGGUGAUGUCAUCUUGGGACACCGCUGGCAAUGGUACAAACAUGCCAGCACCUGUCAUCUGCCAAUGGACUGGUGUUUCCUGCAACAAUCGCCGGCAUCCAGGUCGCGUAACCACUCUCCGUCUGAGUGGCGCUGGCCUAGUCGGCACCAUCUCCCCUCAGCUCGGCAACCUGACCCACCUCCGUGUCCUUGAUCUGUCAGCCAACAGCCUCGAUGGUGAUAUCCCAGCUAGCCUUGGUGGUUGUCGAAAGCUUCGUACAUUGAACUUGAGCACGAACCACCUGUCAGGUUCAAUCCCUGAUGAUCUUGGUCAGUCAUCAAAGCUUGCCAUUUUCGAUGUCGGCCACAACAAUCUUACUGGUAAUGUUCCCAAGUCAUUCUCCAACCUCACAACACUUGUGAAGUUUAUCAUAGAGACGAACUUCAUUGAUGGCAAAGAUUUGAGCUGGAUGGGUAACCUCACAUCAUUGACACACUUCGUUCUUGAAGGGAACCGUUUCACUGGUAACAUCCCUGAAUCUUUUGGUAAAAUGGCUAAUCUUAUUUACUUUAAUGUCAAAGAUAAUCAGUUGGAAGGCCAUGUUCCUCUACCGAUCUUCAAUAUUUCUUCCAUUAGAUUCUUGGAUCUUGGUUUCAACAGACUGUCAGGAUCACUUCCACUCGAUAUUGGUUUUAAGCUUCCCAGGAUAAAAAUUUUUAGCACUAUUGCUAACCAUUUUGAGGGCAUAAUACCACCGACCUUCUCAAACGCAUCUGCUCUCGAAUCCUUGCAACUUCGUGGAAACAAAUAUCACGGCAUGAUUCCUAGGGAAAUUGGCAUCCAUGGUAACCUGAAGUUCUUUGCGUUAGGAGACAAUGUGCUCCAAGCCACACGGCCUAGUGAUUUGGAAUUUUUUACAUCAUUGACCAAUUGUAGCAGCUUGCAAAUGCUAGAUGUUGGCCAGAACAACCUUGUUGGUGCAAUGCCAAUUAACAUUGCAAACCUGAGCGGAGAGCUCUCAUGGAUUGACCUAAGUGGCAACCAAUUAAUUGGGACCAUACCUGCAGAUUUGUGGAAGCUUAAACUUACAUCUCUCAACCUGUCAUAUAAUCUCUUCACAGGAACUUUACCUCAUGAUAUUGGCUGGCUUACAAGAAUCAAUUCUAUCUAUGUAUCACAUAAUAGAAUCACUGGGCAGAUUCCACAAUCAUUAGGCAAUGCCUCACAGUUGAGCUCUCUCACUUUGUCAAAUAAUUUUCUGGAUGGAAGCAUUCCAUCAAGCCUUGGCAAUCUCACAAAACUUCAAUACUUGGAUCUUUCCGGUAACGCCUUGAUGGGCCAAAUCCCACAAGAAAUACUUACAAUACCUUCCCUUACCAAACUUCUCAGCCUCUCCAACAAUGCUCUAAGUGGCUCUAUUCCAAGACAGAUUGGGCUCUUGAACAGCCUUGUCAAAAUGGAUCUCUCAAUGAAUAAGCUAUCUGGUGAAAUCCCAAAAGCUAUUGGCAGCUGUGUCCAAUUGAGUUUCCUAAAUUUCAAAGGAAAUCUUCUCCAGGGACAAAUACCAGAAAAUCUGAACAAUUUGAGGAGCCUUGAAAUCCUUGAUCUCUCUAACAACAACUUGGCAGGUCCCAUACCUGAAUUUCUAGCGAAUUUCACGCUUCUAACUAAUCUAAACCUCUCCUUCAACGCACUGUCAGGUCCUGUUCCAAAUACAGGGAUUUUUUGUAAUGGCACUAUAGUGUCACUCUCAGGUAAUACAAUGCUAUGUGGCGGCCCUCCAGAUUUGCAAUUCCCUUCAUGCCCAUCUAAAGAUUCAGACCAGGCUUCAGUGCAUCGACUACAUGUCUUAAUCUUUUGCAUUGUUGGAACUUUGAUUUUCUCUUUGUUUUGUAUGACUGCAUACUGCUUCAUUAAGACAAGGAUGAAACCGAAUAUCAUUGAUAAUGAAAACCUAUUUCUUUAUGAGACGAAUGAGAGGAUAUCUUAUGCCGAACUACAAGCAGCAACCGAGUCAUUCUCACCGGCAAAUUUGAUUGGUUCUGGAAGCUUUGGCAAUGUUUACAUUGGAAAUUUGAUUAUUGAUCAGAAUCUAGUACCUAUUGCAGUCAAGGUUCUUAACCUUAGCCAACGAGGAGCCAGUAGAAGUUUCUUGACUGAGUGUGAUGCUCUUAGGAGAAUUCGACAUCGGAAACUUGUCAAGGUGAUCACCAUAUGCAGUGGAUCAGACCAAAAUGGUGAUGAGUUCAAGGCGCUUGUCCUAGAAUUCAUUUGUAAUGGAAGUUUAGAUGAGUGGCUGCAUGCAAGCACGGCAGCAAUUAGCACAAGCUACAGAAGGCUAAAUCUGAUGAAAAGGCUGCAUAUUGCUCUUGAUGUGGCAGAGGCAUUGGAAUAUCUUCACCAUCAUAUUGUGCCGCCUAUAGUUCACUGUGAUAUUAAACCAAGCAACAUUCUUUUAGACGAUGACAUGGUGGCGCAUGUUACGGACUUUGGUCUAGCAAAGAUAAUCAAUAUUGCUGAACCGUGCAAAGAAAGCAGCUCAUUUGUAAUUAAAGGAACAAUUGGAUAUGUUGCACCAGAAUAUGGCUCAGGAUCUCCGGUCUCUAUGGAUGGGGACAUAUAUAGCUAUGGGGUGUUGUUGUUGGAAAUGUUUACUGGAAGAAGACCAACUGACAAUUUUAUCAAUGGUAUGGCAAGUCUUAUCGAUUAUGUCAAGACAGCCUAUCCUAACAAUCUAUUGGAAAUAUUGGACACUAAUGCAACCUACAAUGGAAACACCCAAGAUAUGACACAACUAGUUGUUUAUCCUAUAUUUCGACUUGGUCUAGCAUGCUGCAAGGAAUCACCAAGGGAAAGAAUGAAGAUGGAUAAUGUAGUCAAGGAAUUGAAUGCUAUAAAGAAGGCAUUCUCAGCUCAUACAUAUGCCUGAUAAUGAAUUUCGAGCAACGAAGUAAUCUGGGUAAGCAAUGAAUGUAACUAGAUUUGGUUGUCUGCUUGAGAAGUUGUUACUUACUGAAGCAUACUUUGUUUGUUUCUGAAGUCCAGAAUAUUGUCAGUACAGUUUAUUUUCUUCUCUUCUUGUAAUUUUUAUCCAUUUCAUUUUUGUAUUUUGGAGGUGUUACCCAUGGUUUAAAAGAGUAAAUAUUGGUUUUACGCCAAUAUUUAACCUAGCCCCCUGGACUUGCAAUUUGGUUUCUCAGACCCCUGAACCUGCUCCCGUUUGCACCUUUGCACUAUCCAGUUGUUGUUGUUUAGUAAUGAAAAAAUCACAUCAGAAUAAUAAUAUGACAUUAAAGAACAGCACAAAUCUUACCAUUUAAUCCUUUUUAAAAAUAUAUAUAUAUUUAGAGCCAGGUUGGAUGAUUAGUACUAUCUUUCACCAGUAAAUCUUUUACCGAUGUAAUUACUGGAAACCAAAAAAAAAAUACAGCCUUGUUAUUUUAUUAUCCCAGAAGGAAAAAAAAAUGUUGUUCGGGUGCACUGUGCAAUGAAGCGAAUGAGGCAAACCGAAAGGGGUAGAAGAUGAGAUGACAAGGAUGGCU